CGUAAAACGAAUAUGACAAAAUCCUUCGCCAAAGCUGGACGGCAGUCGACCAUGGCUUCACUGGACGGAUGGCGGCGGUGGGUCCGAAUACCAGUGGCGGAGCUUUAGCAGGAGCGACCGUGAGCGUUUCACACCUCCCGGUACCUGUGGUAGAGGAGUUGUUCACGACAGAGUUAAAAAAAUCAAGAAAAAAUCUAUUUUUCUCUACGGCUCGGGUACCAUCUCAAUUAUGGUAUUUCAUUGAUUCAUUUGUAUAGCUUACAACAGGAACACCUAGAAUAUAUAUACACAUACGCAAAAAAGGAAUAGAUUACGCUCUUUUCGAUCGAUUUGGAGUAUUUUCUGACCGAGGUCCUUAUCUUGUUUGGAAGUUUCAGUAGUAGCAGGUAAUUGUCAUCGGAAGGCUUAUCUUUAUGUAAAUACCUUAUUCUGUUGGUCAUUCCAUGCAUUUUUGUAAUAUAUUUUCUCUACUUCUGAGUAACUAUGUGGUUAGCUCUGCCAUUCGUAAAAGGAUUUAUCAAAAUAUUUCCUCUAAAUGCUUGCAUUCCCUCCAUCAAUACAAACGAGAUAAACCCAUUUCACGAUUCAGUAGACAGUCAAGGAAGGGAACUAAGGUAGCUAAGAAGGAAGAAGUAAUUCCAAGGCUUUACACUAGAGAUACUGUGAGGAACAUAUGCAAUAUUCUUAGAAAUUGCUCAUGGGCUUCUGCUCAAAAACACCUAGAGAUGCUCCCUAUUAGAUGGGAUUCUUAUCUCAUCAACCAAGUUUUGAAAACUCAUCCACCAUUGGAGAAGACAUGGUUAUUCUUCAAUUGGGCUUCUACGCUGCAAGUCUUCAAGCAUGACCAGUAUACGUACACGACGAUGCUGGAUAUUUUUGGAGAAGCUGGGAGAAUUUCAUCCAUGAAUUAUGUAUUUCAACAGAUGAAGGAGAAGGGGAUAAAGAUAGAUGCAGUUACAUAUACUUCGUUAAUGCACUGGCGUUCAAAUUCAGGAGAUGUUGAUGGAGCUAUAAAGCUUUGGAAGGAAAUGAAAGCCAAUGGCUGCCAUCCGACAGUAGUUUCUUAUACUGCUUAUAUAAAGAUUUUGUUAGACAAUGGCCAAAUUAAUGAGGCCACUGCUACAUACAAGAAGAUGCUUCAAUCUGGGCUGUCUCCAAAUUGUUGUACUUACACCAUCUUAAUGGAAUACCUUAUUGGAGAGGGUAAAUGCAAAGAAGCCCUUGAUAUUUUUUCCAAAAUGCAAGAUGCUGGAGUAUAUCCUGAUAAAGCAGCAUGCAAUAUAUUGAUUCAGAAAUGCUGUAAAUCAGGGGAGAGGUUAGUAAUGACACAAAUCCUGGAGUUCAUGAAAGAGAACCGCUUUGUGCUUCGAUACCCUGUGUUUGUUGAAGCACAUGAAACUUUGAAAAGUUGUUCUGUUAGUUAUGCCCUACUCAAGCAAGUUAAUCCUCAUAUGGAGAUUGAAUCAAUCAGUAAGGGUGAGGUUGUCGAUGUUAGUACAGGUUCGAAUACUGUUCCUCCCAAUGUAGAUAAUGAGCUUUUAGCAAUGCUGUUGAAAGAUAAUAAACUUACUGCUGUUGACCAUAUGCUCAUUGGGAUAGUAGAUAAGAACAUACAGUUGGAUUCUUCAAUCAUUUAUUCCAUCAUUGAGGUGAAUUGCAAAAGUAAUCGACCCAACAGUGCUCUGCUGGCUUUUGAUUACUGUUUAAAAAACAGUGUUAACAUCAAGAGAAAGUUGUAUCUUGAUUUGAUCGGGAUUCUGAUACGAUCUAGUAUAUAUCCAAAGUUGUUGGAAAUUGUUCAGGAAAUGUAUACGCAAGGGCAUUGCCUUGGAUUAUAUCAUGCCACGCUUAUUCUUUGUAGUCUUGGCAAAGCUGGAAAACCUCAAUAUGCAAGGAAAGUUUUUAAUAUGUUGCCUGAAGAAUUGAAGUGCACGGCAACUUACACUGCUUUGGUUGAUGGUUAUUUCUCUGCUGGAAGUUCUGGUAAAGGGCUUAAAAUUUUCGAAACUAUGCGAAAGAAAGGAUUUACACCAUCUUUAGGCACGUAUAAUGUGCUGUUAAAUGGUCUUGCGAAGAACGGUAGAGGUGUUGAAUUAAAUAUUUAUAGAAGGGAGAAGAAGAGUUUUGAGAUUAGUCAUCAUUCUCGUCUCAAUACAAUAUUGGAUGAUGAAAGGAUUUGUGAUCUUCUUUUUGGAGAAUUGGUAUCUUGAGGGAAAUUGGAGGAAGAGUGGUGUGUUUGGCCCAAGGAGCUUGGAAGUAGGGAGUUGAUAACCCCACUUCUUGUUCGACGCAAGGACUUUAUGAGCCCACCACAAAAAAAAACAUCAGUUUUAUACCUUAACCCCAAAAAAAACAUCAGUUUUAUACCUUAUCAACUCCUACAUUGUGGGCCCAGGAGUUUACAACUCCUUGCUCUCCAUUAUUCAACUCCUCACCUCAAACACCCCCUGAAAGAAUUUGUGGACUAUGCAACCCUGACGUAGAAUGUUACCGAUCUCAGCAUCUUCAAUGGGGCCUUGAUCACUGCCUUCUGUCAGAACGCCAGCGUGUCUGUGGGAUCCAGAUGAGGAGUUGGCCCACCCAAAGUUGUUAUGGGUAAGAGCUUCAUCACGAGUCUUCAGUGUUGGAAACUUGGGGUUGCUCCAACUGCCAGUUAUGAUGAGGACGUUCCUAAGAAUGCUACUUCUGUACCAAGCCAGAUGAACACUUGACCGUCCCAUCCUACACGGACCAAUUUACUGCCUUAUCCUCACUAUGAGAAUAUGGCAGCCUAGCUGAAUCAGGUACCAUCUUGAGGCAGAAGCAGUCAGGGGCAUCAUAAACAUGCCAUGGCAAUCUUAGAUUUACUCCUUUCCAACACUCGUAAUCCUACACAUCCCUACAACAUCGUUCCCUUCCUCCGCCCUAAGAGUCACCUUACACUCUAUUUUGAUGGCGAUGGUGAUUUUAAGUCCCGAGUUUUCCUUUAUUCAGGGCAAUUCCUUUCCCUUUUGUUUUUCUAUUUGCUCUCUGGUCUGUAUUAGUUAUUUCUAUAUAUUCUUAUUCCUUUGAGGUCAAUGUUAAUUUCAGAUUUAGGGGUGUAUAUUUUUGGCUGAUGAUGAUUUGAAUUGGGUUUAUAGUUUAUAUAUUGGCUGGUAUUCUAUUUGAUA